CGCACACACAACACACUCACACACACACAUACACACUUUACGCCACGUACAUACGUACCGCGGAAGAAAAACAAACCGCGAGAGCGAAGCGGUGUAUAGAAUUUUUCCCGAGAGUGAGAGGUCGCGUCGUCACGUGUAGACGUGCUUGUAUAUGCCGAUCCUUCCACAUACAUGAGGAAGAAGUUAAAGUGGACAGCGCCUCAUCAAUGCGAACGUGAAAAAAAGUGGUGGGCACUUUGAAUUGGCCUCUGAUAAAAAGCGACGUCGUGGCACGCGUGCUGCUUUCGACUCGCUUCACGCGCAGAUCUCAAGCUCGCUUCAGUGAUAAAAAGUAAAUGACAAUGAAUCGUCGUCCCGCUCGAUGCGAACUUUUACGACAGACGUGGGAAGACCUAUCUCUUCAGACCUACAGAGUCUAAGGGUCCAGGAAGACCUAUAGCUUCAGCAAGAAAAAAAACAUCUUUCGACAGCUUUCGGAGAUUGGAUUUCCAAGUUAAGCCAAAAUAGACAUCAAGCUUCUCUCGUUGCCACUCUGUAUGAAAGGAUAAUUUAUUUGCGGCAAAACUAAACGAUCAAGAAGAAGAAGAAGAAGAAAACAAACUUAAAGGGGUGCGUGCGGCACAAAUCGACGGCCGGAAGAGGGGGAACGUUCUAAUCUCGCCGCGAACUAUUAGAGGAGACUCAAUUAUUGUCGGAAGUGAUCCAGAAUUGCCUGGGCUACUAGCUUCUUAAAAGAAGUCCAGGUACAUUCGGAAAUCGUGGCACUUUGAUUCAUCGAAUCAGAUAUCCAAAGACACUAAGAAGAAGAAGAAGUGAUCCAGAAUGCCAAGGAGCAGUGGGCUUCCCAAGUACGCUGCACGCAUCAUAUGAUUGGGAUCGCGAUGGCCCCCACGGUGGUGUCCAUCCUGUUGAACGGCACUUUAUACCUGAAAGGCGGUUACAAUGACGACAUCCUGGCGACGUCCACGACGGAGAGCUAUCUUAACGACUCGAUGGCGCUCGAGGACGUUCUGCAGGGAACGUCCUCGAGCAUGUCGCUCGGCUCGUACCGCGACCCCCUGUACGUGGUGAUACCGAUGACCGUGAUCUACGCGACGAUCUUCCUCACGGGCAUCAUCGGCAACGUCAGCACGUGCAUCGUGAUCGCGCGCAACAAGUCCAUGCACACCGCCACGAACUAUUAUCUCUUCAGCCUGGCCGUGUCCGACCUGUUGCUGCUGGUGUCGGGCCUGCCGGCGGAGAUGUACCUGGUCUGGUGCAAGUACCCGUACAUCUUCGGCGAGGGUUUCUGCGUGCUGCGCGGCCUCGCGUCCGAGACGUCGUCGAACGCGUCGGUGCUCACCAUCGCCGCCUUCACCGUCGAGCGAUACGUGGCGAUCUGCCAUCCGUUCCUCUCGCAGACCCUGUCGAAUCUCUCGCGCGCGAUCAAGCUGAUCCUGAUGGUCUGGCUCGUGGCACUGCUGUUCGCGCUGCCGCAGGCCCUGCAGUUCGGCGUGGUGCGGCACAACGGGCAUCCCGACAUGGUGAUGUGCACGAUCAAGAGGAUCAUCAUCAGCCACUCGUUCGAGCUGUCCACGUUCCUGUUCUUCGUGAUACCGAUGUGCCUGAUCACGUUCCUCUACGUGCUGAUCGGCCUCAAGCUCCGGAAGUCGAACAUGACCGUUCCGGGUAGAAGCGAGUCCGCGAUGCGAAACUGCCGGCAUUAUCCCGGGAGAUCGUCCAGGCGGGUGGUGAAGAUGCUGGGUGAGUGCCGUUUCUUUUUUCUUGUUCGCCAAGUUUUUUUCGCGACACUUCGCACUCCGUCCGCCCGCGACGUUCUCCAUCCAUUAAUUUACGUUAAAAACUUGGAGCGUGUACAAAAAUAG